CUUUACUGCCUGAGUUGGUAAUUGUAGGAGAGUAAAUGAUGUCCUUUAACCUGCUUGCGGCCAUAUAUGAACAUAUGUCCAGUGAUGUCUCUUCUGAAAAAUGGUGGAGUUGGUCCGACUUCUAAGGGGAGCCUGAACCCCACCAUUACAGUCCAUCCUAGAAGCUUCAGAAUUGGGGUGGGGUAUUAAGAGAGUUCUGAAAUCAGAGAGACGAAGAGGGACGGGUGGCGACACGGCGGCAGAGACUCCAAUGGUACAUUAUGGCAAGGGAUUGAUACCCAAAUUUUCACUUCUUUGAAACUGGGUGUUCUUAAAUUCAUAAUCUAGAGUGUUUGCCGUAUAUGGGUUGUUGACAAAUUUCAAGCAUCUGGAUCAAAGGCCUUGUGAUUCAGAGGUUUAAGUCCUUAAAGGGUUGAUUAAAUUUUUGGUUUCCACUUGUAAAUUUUAGUUUGAUUUUUUAAAUGAAAAUAGUGAUAUGUUGUUUUUUGUUGUUGAGUUGGGACAAGGUUUUGUCCAGUUCAGUCAGUCUUACAACUUGUUCCGGACUUUUCAGGAGUUUAAUCCCCUACUUUGUUGAGAUGUCUGAAAGGGACUCUCACUUUGCUGAUUUGAAAGUGGAAAAUUGCGAGCUUUCAUGUAAUGGAGUGAGUCAACUUGUAGGUGUUCUUUCAACUUUAAAGAGGCCACUGGAUUCUCUAUCUAUUGGAGAAAAUGGCCUUGGCAGCAAAGUUGGAGCACCUUUGGGAAAAUUUUUGGGCAUAGGUAUUCAAGCACUAGAAAGUGAAGAUAUUGGGCUUGGUUCAUCUGGCUUUCUGGAACUACAGAAAUAUGAGAAGAUUUGAAGCUUGCCUACAUCAACAUGAGGAGCAUUGGCCAGCUUGUUCCUUGAUGUCAGAAAGGCAUUUGUUCCUGCAAUGGGGGAAUGGUGCAAGAGAUUCUGGACUUGUACCUUCGACCAAUACAAAGCCUAGACUGAAAUGGACACAAGACCUCCAUGAGCAGUUCAUAGAAGCAGUAAAUCAGCUUGGAGGAGCAGACAGUACGGCAUGUAGAUGUUCUUUCUGCUUGGAGUGGUAUUCACCCAUUGGCAACACUGAGAGCAUUUCCAGGGAUCAUGUUGUAUGCGAAGAUUACCCUGGUUUUGUCACAAUUACUGGUGGAAAGUGGACUACAUGUAGAAGCAUGGCAGAAGAUGCAGUUGAUACAGCUAUCAAGUCUGGUAAGCAUAGUCCUACCAACAAAUGUUUGACAUAACCUAGAGUCAGAUUUCUUGUACUUAACCUAGAGUGAAUAUAAUAAGAUAUAAAUGAGACAUGUUUGGAUCACACAGGUUUCAUGUUUGGAUCUAAUUUUUCACUGUUUGGGGUUAGUUCUAGCUAUGCAAUAAAGGUUGAUUACAAGAUGUGUUAUUUGCAUCAUUUUGUUUGGAGAUCCUUGCAUCAUUACAAUCUCAUUGUUUUAUUAUGUGAAUCAU